UAUUUAUACCCGUGUGCGCCACAUCGCCGCCUUGAUAGAAGCACUUUGGGAGCCUUGAUUUCUCGGGGGAGUGGAGGCAAAAGAAAGAAAGAAAGAAACAUGGGUCGUUGCUCGCCGAGAGCCGCCGUGAUGCUCGCUCUCCCUCUUAUUUGCUUCUUGUCAGGCACAGCGAGACUUGCCGAGUCAGCCAGGGUAUUCACGAUCAUCAACCAGUGCAAAACCACAGUCUGGCCAGCGGCGACACCCGGCGACAGCUUCGGCGGCGGCGGCUUCGCUCUCAAACCGGGCCAAUCCGCCGUCUUCACAGCCCCUCCCAAAUGGUCCGGCCGAAUCUGGGGCCGCACGGACUGCUCCUUCGACGCCACCUCCGGCACCGGCAAGUGCGGCACGGGCGCCUGCGGCGACACGCUGAAAUGCGGCGCGUCCGGGGACCCUCCGGCGAGCCUCGCCGAGUUCACGCUCGCCUCGCCCGACUUCUACGACGUGAGCCUCGUGGACGGCUUCAAUCUCCCCAUCACGGUGCGGCCGGUCAACGGCCGCGCACCGGGGAAUUGCUCGGCGGCGGGCUGCGACGGCGAUCUCAGGGAGACUUGCCCCGAUGAGCUCGCCGUCAAGGGCGCCGGGGGGAAGACGAUUGCGUGCCGUAGCGCGUGUGAUGUGUUUAAUACCGAUGAGUACUGCUGCCGGGGACAGUUUGGGAACCCCUCGACGUGCCCGCCGACAAAGUACUCGAAGAAGUUCAAGGAGGCCUGCCCCACGGCGUAUAGCUAUGCCUAUGAUGAUCCCAGCUCACUGUUCAGCUGCUCCGGCUCUGAUUACAUCGUCACCUUCUGCUCUAACAGGAAGCAGUCGGCGUGCUCCUACCAUAACAACCAGCUGGUGUGCAGCGGCUCUAGCAGAUACCUGCCGGUUGUGUCUGCCCUGCUGGCCGUGCUGCUCUUCAGCUUUGUGGCUCUGCAGUUUCGGGCGUGAUUUUAAUUGAUCAAGGACGGGUCAAGAGCAAUGAAAUUGAGGUGCCUUUGAUCCAUCGGAUUUGUGGGUUCUGAUGACUUGUGGGAGUAUAUCAGUGUUUCUUCCGAGAGGAAACAAGAGUGAUUUUUUCUUUUGUUUUUUAAUCGCAUGUUUGUUCAUCGUCAGAUCGUGCCUGAGA